UAUGACAGCUGUCAACAAUUUUCCAUUCUAGUCAGAAGUUUUGCUUUUGCCAAAAAAUAUUUGUCUGUUCCUUCAAAAUUGUUUUCACAGAAGAAAAAACUUUAUUACGAAGUUUUGGAAUAAAAACCAAAAGAAUUCACAAAUCACUUCACUCAAGUGUUUCAUUCUAAACUUGAUUCCAAACAAAAAGUUGGAGCAAAGAAUAAAAUGUUGCGCAUGAAGUUAUUCACAUAAAUCAUCACACACAUCACUCUUCAGUAGCUUCUUCGAAUAGAAAUCCCAACCAGCAGGGAUUAUAUAUCUAAAAGGACAAAAAAAAAAAUAAACCAAAACAUGACCGAACCAGCAGCAAAUCCGAAUUUGCCGCGCCCAGACAAUGGCAACAAUCCGGAUGUUAUCAUUUCGCCACCCGUCAAUAAUGCCAACAAUCGAAACAGGAACACUCAAAAUGCUUUGAUUAACGUUCGGGACAGGCUUUUUCAUGCCAUUUACUUUAAGGCAGCUGUUCUCUAUGCUCAGAUAUUUCCCAAACCAAUGCAACGCGCUUUGGAACUAAUAAUCCUACUCAAGGCGUUGGGAUUUUUCUUUGCUUUGGUUUAUAUUCAUGUGACAUUUAUAAAGAAUCCAGCUACUUGUUUGAUGGAUGUUAAGGAUUGGCCAAGAGAUGGUGUUCUUCGAGUUGAAGUUCUACCAAAUCUAGACAAACAUAGAGCUCAAGUAGAAGCAGCGAGGUUGGAUCGAAUGCUAAUGAAGAGUUUACAAGAAAACUUCUACUACGGAAUUGGUCCUCAAUCAAAGACCUAUUAUAGUAAGUACAAAGAACUCCUCAAAAGGACAUCUGGUCAGUUUCGUCAAAGAUAUUUCCCUGCUGGAACAAUCGCUGCAAAUGAUACAACCGUGCAAUACUUUGAAUAUGGCACUUCAGAUUCAUUGAAGGAAACUACAUCAAAUGAAAAAGGCACUGCAACGGAAAACGCUGAAUAUGAUGAAGACCAAUACAUUGUGGAGUAUUCCUUAGAAUAUGGUCAUUUAAGGCUCUCCCAGGCAACACGUCAAAGACUUAAAAUUCCUGUUCGAGUUGUCCAAUUAGAUCCAAUGAACAAUAAAUGCUUUGGAGAUUCAUUUAGUAAAUUUCUCCUUAAAGAAUUUUUAGGGUACGAUGAUCUACUGAUGGCUUCAGUUCGUGUAAUUGCUGAGCAAGAAGACAAUAAAGGUUAUUUAAGAAAUGUAAUUACAGGAGAACAUUAUCGUUUUGUCUCAAUGUGGUGGGCUGCAUGGAGCUCCUAUCCAACAGCAUUCUGCGUCAUGUUGCUUUUUACAUUUUCGAUUUCUAUGCUACUUCGUUUUUCACAUCACCAGAUUUUUGUUUUCAUCGUUGACUUACUUCAAAUGCUGGAAUUCAAUGUAACUGCAAGAUUCCCAAUAGCUCCUUUAUUGACAGUGAUUUUAGCUCUAGUCGGAAUGGAAGCCAUAAUGUCGGAGUUCUUUAAUGACACCUCCACCGCUUUUUAUAUAAUUUUAAUUGUUUGGAUGGCAGAUCAAUACGAUGCUAUUUGUUGCCAUACCAGCAUCACCAAACGCCACUGGCUUAGAUUCUUCUACCUUUAUCACUUCUCAUUCUAUGCCUACCAUUAUCGCUUUAGUGGACAAAACCGAAGUCUGGCUCUGGUUUCAUCAUGGCUCUUCAUCCAGCAUUCAAUGUUUUACUUCUUCCAUCACUACGAGCUGCCAGUAAUAAUUCAGCAAGCACAGUUCCUUAUCAUUGCACGAAAUCAAACCGGACAGAAUGCACCCGCCGGCGCUGCCGGUGUAGGGCUGGCAAAUCGUAUUGGUCUACUCCGCAAUAAUGCUCCGAAUAAUCAAAUUAUCCGAAAUCAAAUUGCCAACAACAUGCUGGGUGGGCUCCUGCGGCAGUUAUUUGAGACAAGAGCACAUGCCAUAAAUACACUACGGCGUGUACUCUUUGGCACUGGGUGGAUGGCACCCGUGCGAGUUCGGGUUGAAAUUGGAAAUUUGCAACGAAUUAAUUUGGAUUCAAUCCAAAUAAAUCCGGCAAACUUUCCUCUUUCAACGGCUGCCGCCGCAGCAGCAGCAGCAAAUGCCCCGCUGACAGAUCAUAAUCGUCGCAUAGAAACAACCGACCCACCUGCAAACACUUCAAGUAGCUCUGCAACCGAGAUCACAAGUAUCUCAGAAAAUGAGCCACCUCAAGGCCAAAGUACCAGUCUCACAUCCGAAGAAAACAACCCAAGUCAAAUUACAUCUGAAGCUUCAGCAAAAACUGCUGAAAACUAUAAAAACAAUUCACCCACUUUACCACCUCAAAGCGCACCAUCAUCACUCGAAAAACCAGAGAAUGGUAAAAGUUUGGAGACAACGCAACCAACUGGAUAUCAAUUAGGGGGACCAACCCAAAGCAAUACCAAUGCUGACGACGACAAUGUCGAAAAACCAAAUUCGUAUUCGGUAGAAAGGGUCACCCCAUUAUCACCCACACCAGCUCAAGGAAAUGACAAACAAAUUUCCACUUGCCUAUCACCAAAGGGCACCCAUGUAAAUUCCAGCGGCAUCGACAUCGUCUCAAAGCCGAAGCCGAAUGUCGAUUCAAUAAAUGGCAAUGGCAGUGCUCCACUCACAAGUCGGGAAUUCGAACUUUCCCCCACAAUGAAUGGAAAAAGAUUCCAUUCUGUCUGCGGUGGUUACAGCUCUGUUGCUGUUGCUGCUGCACCAAAAGAAGAAGUCACCUCGCAGAAACACUCGUCUGACUGCGACAACGACGAUGAAAGUAAGCAAGCACCUUCAACAAUAGAAGCAAAUUAUUCACAUGAACACCAGCAAAAGCAAUCCGAUGCAAAGAACAUCGCUUGCAAAAUGGCACAAGAAGAGGUGACUGUGCUAAAUAAUGCAGAUGUGAACAUAGUGAACACAGAACCAGAAGCAGCUAUAGCGGAAACCAAUGAAAAGCACAGCGUAGUAGGGGAAGUGAGCAAUUUUCCUCCAACUGAUUUCAAAGAGAUUACAAAUGAGGAUCCAAGUUUAACUCCUACUCGGACAACCCAACCCCAGUCGGCCCAGCCGGAGUAAAAAGCCGAGUUAAACUCAGCAUUGAUGAUAGUGACAGCGAUGUAUGUGUUUGGUCUAUUUUCCAUACUUUCUUAUUUUUGUAAUUAUUUCGCCUUGCCAAAAAAGCAUGGAAAUUAAAAAAAAAAAAAAAAAAAAACAACUGAAAAGUACUGCUCGAAUGUUUCCUCGGAAUUUUUUUUAUAGCAGACUUUUGUAUUAUUAUUUCCUCAAUCUCAAUCUAUCGUAUAUAGUUUGGAAUGUUGAGCAGGAUUGUACGAGUAUAUAAUAUGUGAAUGAAUUUGGAAGAUGGUUUCCCUUAAAUUUAAUUUUGAAUUUUUUAUUAUGAACUGUUUAAAGAAUAAGGAUAUCUGCUGGGUGUUGUUUCCAUCGACUUGUGCUCAUUUUUGUUUUUGAUUUUAAGUUAAAUUAAAUUAUGUAUUAACGUUAUAAUAAUUAUGAAGAUGAUAAUAUGAUGAUAAUGUUGUUGGCUUUUUUUGCGGCCAGCUUUAUGAUGACACUAAAAAUAUUGAUAGUGACUCAAUGUGUACCUAUUUAAUAAAUGAAAAUAAAAAAUAGAUGUUUUUAAAAAUGAUAUCAUUUGAAUUGAAAAUUGAACAAAUGAAAAUGAAAAUUGAAAUUGAAAU